CUGAUCAACGUCAUUAGAGAGGGAUAGGGGGUGGGCUGACCCUCACACACGAGUACACUGCAAACAAUGAAGACCACACACACAUGCGUGCAUUUGCUCCACCUCCAUCCAUCAUCACUCCCAGAAAACCCAAAACAUUCAAACACCUGAAUGCGGGCAGCACGGCGAUGCUUUCUCUGAGCCGCUAUCGUGACUGUUUGUUGCUCUGGUGCAGGAAGACAGGCAGAAACAGACAUGAACAUGUGCACAAACACAUUGUGAUAACGUUUCCUGUUUGGGGUUUUUUCCACGCUACCUUGUGCGACCCCUAUUUAUAGUCCAGUACAGCCAGCAUAGGCAGGAAAACUAAGUUGGGAAAGAAUUGAAGGAAGUCUAGUGGUCAUUUAGACAAACAAGCUCACACAUGGGGCUCUGAGCUGGUUCAAUGCACAGCUUUACUGUAUGUCGAUGAGAAAGACAAAAGAUCUCAGAGAGAGGCCAUUCAGAGACCAGCUCAGCAGUUCUCCCCCCACCCCAUCCCUGGUGGCUGGAGCCCUGCGCUAGCUCUAACAGUCUGUGGUGCCCAGCUGAUCGGGAAUUUAAGGAAGAUUUGAUUUGUUUCAUUGGACGUCUUCAACGUGCGGAGGACUCGAGUAGAAAGUGACUGAAAGUGUCGAUUGAGGAGAGCCCUCACUCUGCAGAAGGGUUGACGUACCUCAGCAGCUCGGCACAAUGGGAUCCUCCACGCUGGGGAAGGCAGCAUCCAUUGACAGCCUCCUUAACGAAUGUGUUCAAGCUUUUGAUGACAGUGGGGAGCUGCACGUUAACCUGCUCCCCCGCACUCUGCUGCUGAUGCACCGCUGGUACGUCCCAUCCACUGAACUGGCCGGAAAGCUGCUGAUGAAGUACCGAGACUGCAGAGGAGACGACCACCAAUCAACCAGGCUAAAGAUCUGCUACCUAAUGAGAUACUGGAUCGUGACUUUCCCGGCAGAAUUCAAUCUGGAUUUGGGUCUGAUCAGGAUCACAGAGGAGUUCAGGGACGUGGCGGCCCAGCUGGGCUGUGAGGAGCACUUCAAGCUGAUCGACAUCUCCACCAUUCCGUCAUACGACUGGAUGCGGAAGCUGACCCAGAGGAAAAGGCAGACCAAGAAAGGCAAGGCCUCCCUGCUGUUUGAUCACCUGGAGCCCAUGGAGCUGGCUGAGCAUCUCACCUUCCUGGAGUUCAAGUCCAUCCGAAGGAUAUCGUUCACCGAUUACCAGAGCUACGUGAUCCACGGCUGCCUGGUGGACAACCCCACUCUGGAGCGCUCCAUCGCCUUGUUCAACGGAGUGUCCCAGUGGGUCCAGCUGAUGGUCCUGAGCAAACUUACGCCGCAGACGCGCGCUGAGGUCAUCAGCAAAUACAUCCACGUGGCUCAGAAGCUGCUGCUCCUGCAGAACUUCAACACUCUAAUGGCUGUGGUGGGCGGCCUGAGCCACAGCUCCAUUUCCAGACUCAAGGAGACCCACUCGUACCUCGCUCCAGAGGUUCUGAGGAUCUGGAGUGAGAUGACUGAGCUGGUCUCCUCCAGCAACAACUACUCGUGCUACAGGAAGGCCUUCAACGAAUGCCGAGGCUUCAAAAUCCCCAUUCUGGGCGUGCACCUGAAGGACCUGAUUGCGGUGCAUGUGGUCUUUCCUGACUGGGUGGGCGACAGCAACAAGAUCAACCUCGUGAAGAUGCAUCAGCUUUACAUGACCUUCAAUGAGCUGGUGUCGCUCCAGGGCGCCGUGGCUCACGUGGAGCCCAACAUGGACCUCAUCUACCUGCUGACGCUUUCUUUAGAUCUUUAUUACACAGAAGAUGAGAUUUAUGAGCUAUCGCUGCUUCGGGAACCACGCAACCCUAAAUCCCAGCCUACCUCCCCAACGACCCCCAACAAGCCUUUGGUCCCCCUGGACUGGGCUUCUGGUGUCACCACCAAACCAGACCCCUCUGUGGUCAACAAGCACAUCCGGAAGGUCGUGGAUUCCGUGUUCAGGAACUACGACCACGACCACGAUGGUUACAUCUCUCAGGAAGACUUUGAAAACAUUGCUGCAAACUUCCCAUUUCUGGACUCCUUCUGUGUUUUGGACAAAGAUCAGGAUGGAUUAAUCAGCAAGGAUGAAAUGAUGGCGUACUUCCUCCGGGCCAACCCGCUGCUGCAGAGUAAGAUGGGACCAGGAUUCAUCCACAACUUCCAGGAGAUGACCUACCUGAAGCCCACUUUCUGUGAUCACUGUGCAGGAUUUCUGUGGGGGAUCAUCAAGCAAGGAUACAAGUGCAAAGACUGUGGCGUGAACUGUCAUAAACAAUGCCGGGAGCUGCUGGUUCUGGCCUGCAGGAAACUGAUUCGCUCCGGAUCCAUGAGCAGCGUCUCUCCGGCCAGACUGAGUCACAGCUCGCUGCCCAGCAGUCCCUCAGUGCCCACAUGUAAAGACGAUGACGAUGUGUUCGAGUUCCCUGCUGUCCCCUCUGCUGUUCCAGCUUUGGACAUCCCGUCACAUCCGUCCAUCACCCUGAUGACCGGCUCAGCCCAGAGAAUUUCUGUGCGCCUGCAGAGGGCCACCAUCACCCAGGCCACCCAGACCGAGCCUCUGUGGGCCGAGCUCAGCUGGGAGGGCACAGAGAACGGCUCGCACACUUUUCCGAAAAUGAAAUACAGAACUCACAGAAAAGCAUCAAAAAGUAAAGGUUUAGCCUGCUGGGAGAACCUGAAAGUUCAGCACCGACCCGUUUCCUCUGAAUGCAGCUCAGAGUCCACCCAGAACGGGACGCCACACCUAAAGAAGGACAGCUGACUUAGCUGCAACAAGAGCUGGUUCUGUACGACCGGAACCAGAACAAGGAGGUUCUUCUCACUGAGGAAGGCUCUAAGCUGCUGGAAGUCGCCCUUCGGUGACCUCAGGUUACCUAGUAGACAUGGUGGACAUGCAGCUCGGUGGUUGAGGAACGACUGCUGUACGGCACACGGAUGGAGCGCCACAAAACAUGGACUCUGGUGCAGCAAUUAAACAGGAUGCAAUUGUGCAUAAGAUCCAGCUCAGAGGAUUGUUCCAAAGGAACUAACUUUCAAAUCCAGCUGGGAUAAGAGGUGAAAGUGGUAAAAAGAGGAACUGAAACGAAAACUUUGGUCCAACAGGAAAAUGAUCAAAGUUUUGUUUUGUAAAUAUUUGCAUGUGGAGCUGACAGAGGAAACAGCAAUCAACUGAAAAAUCCAUCAAUAAAAACUGAAAUCAAUGAAAA